UCCAGGCUGCUGUUGGGGCUCCCCAGGGACAAGUCCCCAGCCUCCUCAGGGCCCUAUCUCUGCUGCCAUCUUCCCUCAAUUCCAUCCACCUCAAUUCCCUGGCCUUUUGCUUCACAGGUGGCCACUACAUGCUCCUGGACCCCAAGAAUGCAAGACCCGGGCAGAAAGCCAUCCUCCUGAGUCCCGUGAGCCCGUCCUCCGGCUGUCUGAGCUUUUCCUUCCACUACGUCCUCCGGGGCCAGUCUCCUGGUGCAGCCCUCCAUGUUUAUGCUUCCGUCUUGGGGAGCAUCCGGAAACACACUCUCUUCUCAGGACAACCUGGGCCCACCUGGCAGGCUGUUUCUGUCAAUUACACAGCCGUGGGACGGAUACAGUUCACCGUGGUGGGCGUUUUUGGAAAGACCCCAGAGCCAGCUGUGGCAGUCGAUGCAACCAGUAUUGCUCCUUGUGGGGAGGGCUUUCCUCAGUGUGACUUUGAAGACAAUGCCCAUCCCUUCUGUGAUUGGGUCCAGACUUCCGGGGAUGGUGGACACUGGGCCCUCGGACAUAAAAAUGGACCCGUCCACGGCAUGGGCCCCGUGGGAGGUUCCCCUAAUGCAGGGGGUCACUAUAUCUACCUUGAGGCUGACAAGUUCUCCCAGGUAGGGCAGUCGGCCAGACUGGUGAGCCGGCCCUUCUGCGCCCCGGGUGACAUCUGCGUGGAGUUCGCGUACCACAUGUAUGGCCUUGGGGAGGGUACUAUGCUCGAACUCCUCCUGGGAAGUCCUGCGGGGAGCCCUCCGAUUCCUCUCUGGAAACGCGUGGGGUCUCAGCGCCCUUACUGGCAGAACACCUCCGUCACCAUCCCCUCAGGACACCAACAGCCCAUGCAGCUGAUUUUCAAGGCCAUCCGGGGCAGCAACAUGGCCUUUGUGGUUGCUAUGGGUUUCAUCUUGAUCAAUCCUGGGACUUGUCCAGUAAAAGUGCUACCAGAGCUUCCUCCCAUAUCUCCAGUUUCUUCCACUGGCCCUUCUGAAACCACCAGCCUCACAGAAAACCCUACAGUUUCCAUAGAAAAACCCACCGUCACCACAGAAAAGCCCACAGUCCCCAAAGAAAAGCCCACCAUUCCCGCAGAAAAACCCACCAUCCCUACCGAAGAGCCCUCUUUCCCCACAGAAAAACCCACCAUCCCCACUGAAGAGCCCACUAUUCCCACAGAAAAACCCACUAUUUCCACAGAAAAGCCCACUGUCCCCACAGAAGAGCCCACUACCACCACUGAGGAGACCACUAUCUCCACAGAAGAGCCUGCCAUCCCCACAGAAAAACCCACUGUCCCCAUGGAAAAACCCACUAUCCCCACUGAAGAAACCACCACCUCCAUUGAAGAGACUACCAUCUCCGUAGAAAAACCCACCAUCCCCACAGAAAAACCCACUAUCUCCACGGAAAAACCCACUAUCCCCACGGAAAAACCCACCAUCCCCACGGAAAAACCCACCAUCCCCACAGAAAAACCCACCAUCUCCACAGAAAAACCCACCAUCUCCACAGAAAAACCCACCAUCUCCACAGAAAAACCUAUCAUCCUCACAGAAAAACCCACCAUCUCCACAGAAAAACCCACCAUCCCCAUGGAAAAACCACUCAUCUCCACAGAAAAACCCACCAUCUCCACAGAAAAACCCACCAUCUCCACGGAAAAACCCACCUAUCUCCUGGAAAAACCCACUAUCCCCACGGAAAAACCCACCAUCCCCACGGAAAAACCCACUGUCCCCACUGAAGAAACCACCACCUCCAUUGAAGAGACUACCAUCUCCACAGAAAAACCCACCAUCCCCACAGAAAAACCCACCAUCCCCAUGGAAAAACCCACCAUCUCCACAGAAACCCACCAUCCCACAGGAAAACCCACCAUCUCCACAGAAAAACCCACCAUCCCCAUGGAAAAACCCACCAUCUCCACAGAAAAACCCACCAUCUCCACAGAAAAACCUAUCAUCCUCACAGAAAAACCCACCAUCUCCACAGAAAAACCCACCAUCCCCAUGGAAAAACCCACCAUCUCCACUGAAAAACCCACCAUCUCCACAGAAAAACCCACCAUCUCCACAGAAAAACCCACCAUCUCCACAGAAAAACCCACCAUCUCCACAGAAAAACCCACCAUCUCCACAGAAAAACCUAUCCAUCCAUGGGAAAAACCCACCAUCUCCACAGAAAAACCCACCAUCCCCACAGAAAAACCCACCAUCUCCACAGAAAAACCCACCAUCCCCAUGGAAAAACCCACCAUCUCCACAGAAAAACCCACCAUCCCCACGGAAAAACCCACCAUCUCCACAGAAAAACCCACCAUCCCCACGGAAAAACCCACCAUCCCCACAGAGAAGCUCACAGCCCUGAGGCCACCCCAUCCCAGUCCCACAGCCACUGGGCUGGCAGCCUUGGUGAUGUCUCCACAUGCUCCAAGUGCCGCUAUGACCAGUGUGAUCCUGAGCACUACCAGAACCCCCAGACCCAAUACAGAGCGCUGCCCCCCAAAUGCACACUACGAAUCCUGUGCUUGUCCGGCUUCGUGCAAGAGUCCCAGGCCUAGCUGUGGGCCGCUCUGUCGGGGGGGCUGUGUCUGCAACCUUGGCUUUUUGUUUAGUGACAACCACUGCAUCCAAGCCUCUUCCUGCAAUUGCUUCUACAACAACAACUACUAUGAGCCUGGGGCAGAGUGGUUCAGCCCCAACUGCACAGAACGUUGCCGCUGUUGGCCAGGGAGUCGGGUCGAGUGCCAAAUCUCUCAGUGCGGGACACACACUGUGUGUCAGCUUAAGAAUGGCCAGUACGGAUGCCACCCCUAUGCAGGCACUGCCACCUGCUUGGUCUACGGAGAUCCUCACUACGUCACCUUUGAUGGGAGGCACUUUGGCUUCAUGGGCAAGUGCUCUUACAUCUUGGCCCAACCCUGUGGCAACUCAACAGACCCAUUCUUCAGGGUGACAGCCAAGAAUGAGGAGCAGGGACAGGAAGGCGUGUCCUGCCUAAGCAAAGUCUACGUGACCCUUCCCGAGACCACCGUCACCCUGCUUAAGAGCAGACGUACUCUGGUUGAGGGUCAGCGAGUUACUCUCCCAGCCAUACCCUCUAAAGGUGUCUUCCUGGGUGCAAGCGGGCGAUUUGUGGAGUUGCAGACGGAGUUUGGUUUGCGGGUGAGAUGGGAUGGUGACCAGCAGCUGUAUGUGACUGUGUCCAGCACCUACUCUGGCAAACUCUGUGGUUUGUGUGGAAACUAUGACGGCAACAGUGACAAUGACCAUCUGAAGUCGGAUGGCAGUCCAGCAGGAGACAAGGAGGAGCUGGGGAACAGCUGGCAGACAGACCAGGACGAGGACCAGGAGUGUCAGAAGCACCAGGUGGUGAAUCCCCCGUCUUGUGAUUCAUCUCUGCAGAGCAACAUGUCGGGGCCAGGAUUCUGUGGACGGCUGGUCGACACCCGUGGCCCGUUUGAGACAUGCCUGCUGCAUGUGAAGGCCACUUCCUUCUUCGACAGCUGCAUGCUUGAUAUGUGCAGAUUCCAGGGACUGCAGCACCUGCUGUGCACACACAUGUCCACCAUGACCACCACCUGCCAGGACGCAGGCCAUGCUGUGAAGCCCUGGAGGGAACCCCAGUUCUGCCCAAUGGCUUGCCCGCCCAAUAGCAAGUACUCCCUGUGUGCCAAGCCAUGCCCUGACACCUGCCAUUCAGGAUUCACCGGCAUGUUCUGCUCAGACCGGUGCGUGGAGGCCUGUGAAUGCAAUCCAGGCUUCGUCCUCAGUGGCCUCGAGUGCGUACCUCGCUCCCAAUGUGGGUGCCUCCACCCUGCAGGCAGCUACUUCAAGGUAGGGGAGCAGUGGUACAAGCCGGGCUGCAAAGAGCUGUGCAUCUGUGAAAGCAACAACAGAAUUCGCUGCCAGCCCUGGAGGUGUAGGGCCCAGGAGUUCUGUGGCCUGCAGGAUGGUAUCUAUGGCUGCCAUGCCCAAGGUGCCGCCACCUGCACGGCCUCGGGCGAUCCCCACUACCUGACCUUCGAUGGCGCCUUGCACCACUUCAUGGGCACCUGCACCUAUGUCCUGACCCGGCCUUGCUGGUCCAGGUCCCAAGACAGCUAUUUUGUUGUGAGCGCCACCAACGAGAACCGCGGGGGGAACCUGGAGGUCUCCUACAUCAAAGCUGUCCACGUGAUGGUCUUUGACCUCAGCAUCUCACUGCUCAGAGGCUGUAAGGUCAUGCUGAAUGGCCAUCGGGUGGCCCUACCUGUGUGGCCUGCACAAGGCCGGGUGACCAUAAGGCUCAGCAGCAACUUUGUCCUCCUCUACACGAACUUUGGGCUCCAAGUUCGCUACGAUGGGAGCCACUUGGUGGAAGUGACAGUCCCCUCCUCCUAUGGCGGCCAGCUCUGCGGGCUGUGCGGGAACUACAACAACAACAGCUUGGACGACAACCAGCGCCCCGACAGAAAGCCUGCGGGCGAUUCCGUGCAGCUGGGGGCAGCCUGGAAGUUACCUGAAUCCUCUGAACCUGGCUGUUUCCUUGUGGGUGGCAAGCCCUCCAGCUGCCAGGAGAACAGCAUGGCAGACGCCUGGAACAAGAACUGUGCGAUCUUAAUAAACCCUCAGGGACCCUUCUCUCAAUGUCACCAGGUGGUGCCUCCCAAGUCCAGCUUUGCCAGUUGCGUGCAUGGCCAGUGUGGGACCAAGGGCGACACCACGGCCCUGUGCCGCUCCCUGCAGGCUUAUGCGUCCCUGUGUGCCCGGGCUGGCCAGGCUCCUGCCUGGCGGAACAGAACUUUCUGCCCUAUGAGGUGCCCACCUGGCAGCAGCUAUAGCCCCUGCGGCAGCCCCUGCCCAGCCACCUGCAGCAGCAUAAACGACCCGAGGGACUGCCCCAAAGCACUGCCUUGUGCUGAGAGCUGCGAAUGUCAGAAAGGCUACAUCUUGAGUGGAACCUCCUGCGUGCCCCUUGGCCAGUGUGGCUGCACCGAGCCAGCGGGCUCCUACCAUCCGGUCGGGGAGCGCUGGUACACAGAGGACACCUGCACCAGGCUCUGCACCUGCUCCAUCCACAACAACAUCACCUGCUUCCAAAGCACCUGUAAACCCAACCAGAUGUGCUGGGCCCUGGAUGGGCUACUCCGUUGCCGGGCCUCAGGUAUGGGGGUGUGUCAGCUCUCAGGGGAGUCCCACUACGUGAGCUUUGAUGGUAGCAACCAUUCUAUCCGGGACACCUGCACUCACGUCCUGGUGAAAGUGUGCCACCCCGCCAUGGCCUUGCCGUUCUUCAAGAUCAGUGCCAAGCAUGAGAAGGAGGAAGGUGGAACUGAGGCUUUCCGCCUUCACGAGGUCUACAUUGACAUCUACGACGCCCGGGUCACCCUGCAGAAGGGCCACCGUGUGCUGAUCAACAGCAAAAAGGUCACCCUCCCUGCAAUCUCCCAGAUCCCCGGGGUCAGCGUCAAGUCCAGCAGCGUCUACACCAUUGUUAACAUCAAGAUCGGGGUGCAAGUCAAGUUUGACGGGAAUCGCCUCUUAGAGAUUGAACUCCCCACAACCUACUACGGAAAGGUCUGCGGCGUGUGCGGGAACUUCAAUGACGAGGAAGAGGAUGAACUAAUGAUGCCCAGCGACGAACUAGCGCAUAGUGAUAGUGAAUUUGUGACCAGUUGGAAAGAUAAGGACAUUGACCCAAGUUGUCAGAGUCUCCCAGUAGAUGAGCAGCAGAUUCCAGCGGAACAGCAGGAGAACCCAAGUGGAAACUGCAGGGCGGCCGACCUCCGCAGGGCGCGGGAAAAGUGCGAGGCAGUGCUCCGGGCUCCCGUGUGGGCCCAGUGUGCCUCCCACACAGACCUCAUGCCCUUCCUGGUAGGCUGUACGAACACCCUCUGUGAGUUUGGAGGUCUCCACCAGGCCCUAUGCCAGGCUCUGCAAGCCUUCGGGGCCACCUGCCAGAGCCAGGGCCUCAAGCCCCCACUCUGGAGAAACAGCAGCUUCUGCCCUCUGGAAUGCCCUGCCUACAGCAGCUACACCAACUGCCUUCCCUCCUGCUCACCCUCCUGCUGGGACCUGGAUGGCCGGUGUGAAGGCGCCAAAGUCCCCUCUGCCUGUGCUGAGGGCUGCAUUUGUCAGCCCGGCUAUGUGCUGAGUGAGGACAAGUGUGUCCCCAGAAGUCAGUGCGGCUGCAAGGAUGCCCAUGGUGGCUCCAUUCCUCUGGGCAAGAGCUGGGUCUCCCGUGGUUGCACGGAGAAGUGUGUCUGCACAGGAGGAGCCAUUCAGUGCGGGGACUUCCGAUGCCCCUCUGGGUCCCAUUGCCAGCUCAGUUCCGACAACAGCAACAGCAAUUGUGUCUCGGACAAGUCUGAACAAUGCUCAGUCUACGGGGACCCCCAUUAUCUCACAUUUGAUGGCUUCAGCUACCGCUUCCGGGGCCGCAUGACCUACGUUCUGAUCAAGACUGUGGAUGUACUGCCUGAGGGGGUGGAGCCCCUCCUUGUGGAGGGACGCAACAAGAUGGAUCCGCCCAGGAGCUCCACCUUCUUGCAAGAAGUGAUUACCACUGUCUAUGGCUAUAAAGUGCAGCUCCAAGCUGGUCUGGAGCUUGUGGUCAACAACCAGAAGAUGGCCGUCCCCUACAGGCCGAAUGAGCACCUGCGGGUCACCCUGCGGGGCCAACGGCUCUACCUGGUCACCGACUUUGAGCUGGUCAUCAGUUUCGGGGGAAGGAAAAAUGCAGUGAUCUCCCUACCCAGCAUGUACGAGGGGCUCGUGCGUGGCCUGUGUGGAAACUACGACAAUAACCGCAAGAAUGACAUGAUGCUGCCCAGUGGCGCCCUGACCCGGAACCUCAACACCUUUGGUGACAGCUGGGAGGUGAAGACCGAGGGCGUCCUCCUCCGCUUCCCCAGGGCUAUACCAGUGGAGGAAAGACGAGGGGUGGAACUGGGCCUCCGCGUGUCCGAAUGUAGCCCGGAGCAGUUGGCGAGCAACAGCACCCAGGCCUGUAGGGUGCUGGCAGACCCCCAGGGCCCAUUUGCUGCCUGUCACCAGACAGUGGCCGCAGAGCCCUUCCAGGAGCACUGCGUGCUGGAUCUGUGCUCCACUCAGGACCCAAGAGAGCAAGAGGAGCUGCGCUGCCAGGUCCUCAGUGGCCAUGGAGUGUCCAGCAGGUACCAUGUAUCAGAGCUGUAUGACACCCUGUCCAGCAUCCUGUGCCAACCUGGCGGACCCCGGGGACUGCGAAGGCCCCUGUGUGGAAGGCUGUGCCAGCAUCCCAGGCUAUGCCUACAGUGGCACCCAGAGCCUCCGCUGGCUGACUGUGGCUGCACCAGCAAUGGCAUCUACUACCAGCUGGGCAGCAGCUUUGUGACUGAGGACUGCUCUCAGCGCUGCACCUGUGCCAGCUCACAGAUCCUGCUGUGCGAGCCAUUCAGCUGCAGAGAGGGGGAGGUCUGCACCCUGGGGAACCACACCCGAGGCUGCUUUCCAGAAAGCCCGUGUCUGCAGAACCCCUGUCAGAAUGAUGGGCAGUGUCAGGAGCAGGGAGCCAUCUUCACCUGCGAGUGUGAAGUUGGUUAUGGGGGAGACCUCUGUACGGAGCCACGAGAUGUGCCACCUCCCAGAAAGCCAGCAUCUAACCCGGUGGCCAUCCUACUGGGACUGCUGGUGCCUGUGGUGGUCGUAGUACUGGCCAUGACCAGAGAGUGCAUUUAUAGAAUGAGGAGGAAGAGAGAGAAAAUGCAGAGCCAGGAGCGAGACAGACUGGCCAGGCUGGUGGACACAGAUAUUGUUCUGGACUGUGCCAGUUAA